AUGCUUUUAAGAAAAGUGAUGAACACUCCUAUAAAGAAGAUCAUUUUGCAAAUCGGUUUUUUGGAUGCCACAGGACGAAUUAGAAAACUCUACGGAGCUUAUAGUCCAAAAGUCGAAGAUAGUGCCUUUAUGACGCUCAUGAAAGAUGAAAUAGAAACAUCUAUAGAAGGUGCUGUUAUGCUUGGUGAUUGUGGAUACGAAUCUAUUGUCAGCAAGUUCAGAAAAAUCAAAAUUGUCACCCCAAAAUCAAAACCAAAAGGAAGACCGGCAAAAGACGGAAGAGGAAUCAAGAAGUUGACGCAAAAACAACAAGCUCAAAAUAACUUGCUAAAAUCAUUAAGAUCGAGAGUGGAAUGUCCGUUCGGUCAAAUUAAGCUGAAGUGGAAAUCUUUGUCAUCUUGUUUCACUGAAGACGACACUCAACAUAGAUACGUAGUCAAGAUGGCAGUCGCAAUUAGAAACUUUCAGAUCAGAAAAUAG